AUGCUAGCAUACCAUAUACUAUUAGUUGAAGGAUGUGCGCGAAAAUUUGCCGAAAAUUAUGCUAAUCGUAUUCGAAAAGGAAAACCAUGCACCGAUAUUCGAAGACAGAAAAUACGAGUUGGACGAAAUCCAGUUCGAUAUGUUACUGUUGAUGAUUAUGGAGCACAUGGAGAAUGUGAUAAUGAUGAUGAAUGUCUUCCAAAGAUUAAAUGCACGGAAGGAUGUUGUUUGUGA